AUGAAAUCCAGAAACGACAACUACCAAAGAAGCAACAGCUCUUUGGGCCAGCCCUCCAGCUCCUCCAAAUCUUCAAAGUUUUAUGGUGGUGCCAGCGAAUCGGCUGAAUCACUUGUUGAGUUUGAAAGAUUGGAAGAAACCUUACCUGAGCCACUUAGAAGAUCGGCCUCUCAAUUGUUUGAGCAAUUGGUCACUCCCUCUGGAGGUAACCCGCCCACUGCUCCUAUUCCCGUUAGUCCUUUGGCCAUGAAUUCCGGCUCGUUUGAAAGUCGGUUCCAAGGAUUGUCUACUUGUGAUAAUAACUCUGGGUUCCCUUCUCCCAGGGUUCCCAUCAGUAAAGAACAUAGACAACAUUUGUUACAGAAGUUGUCUCAUCUGGAGAACGGAAGAUCUUCUAGUCCUGUUCCUAUUCCCAAACCUCAAUUCAAUGAAAGUGUCAUCAAACCAGCCAUGAACACCAAGCAAUCAUCAACAGGAGUUCUUUGGGUCACUGAAAGAGCUUCAGAAUAUGGAUUUGAUAUUCAAAAUUUGGAUUGGGCUAACUUGGGUCAGGGUGCUCCAGAAGUUGAUCAUAUUCCUGGAUGUUUUGAAAGACCCAAAACGGUUCCUGUUCCAGAAGUCAGUAUGGAAUAUGCUCCUACUGCUGGUAUUAAGGAAUUAAGAGAAGCAGUGGCUAAUUUGUACAAUGAAGAAUAUAGACGUGAUAAAAAGUCAAAAUAUACUUAUAAAAACGUGUGUAUUGUUCCUGGUGGAAGAGCAGGUCUUACUCGUAUAGCUUCUAUUAUUAGUGAUUGUUAUUUAUCAUUCUUUCUUCCAGAUUAUACUGCUUAUGCUGAGAUGUUGUCUUUAUUCAAGAACUUUCUGCCUAUUCCUGUGCCAUUAGAUGAGAGUGAUAAUUACCAUGUGAAAUUCAAUAUCAUCAAACAAGAAUUGAAUAGAGGAGUUAGUGCCAUGUUAACUUCCAAUCCAAGAAACCCUACGGGUAAAUGCUUUACCAAAGAGGAAUUGACGACUUUGCAUGAUUUAUGUCGUGAAAAGUGUCUUUUGAUCAUGGACGAAUUUUACUCCCAUUAUUAUUAUGAUGACAAUUGUAGUGGAUCUUCUAUUUCAUCUGCUGAGUACGUGGAAGACGUUAACAAAGAUCCAGUUUUGAUUUUGAAUGGAUUAACAAAAGCCUUCCGUUUACCAGGAUGGAGAAUAUGUUGGAUCUUGGGGCCCGAAGAAUAUAUUAAUAAUUUGAGUAGUGCAGGUUCAUAUUUGGAUGGAGGGUCCAAUGCUCCAUUCCAAUAUGAAGCGGUCAAUUUCUUGGAACCAUUAAAUGUUAGAAGGGAAAUGAAAGCUCUACAAUUACAUUUUAAGAUGAAGAGGGAUUAUGUCAUUGACAGAUUACUGCGUAUGGGGUUCACUUUCAAUGAGAAGAAUACUCCAAAUUCAACCUUUUAUAUUUGGUUGAAUCUUUCCCAUUUGCCGCUUAAAUUAUCCAAUUGUCUUGGGUUCUUCCAUGAAUGUCUUCAUGAGAAGGUGAUUGUUGUUCCUGGGUUCUUCUUCUUGAUUAAUCCUCAAAACUUGUCCAGAUUGGAGGACGUUAUCUGGUACAAUUAUGUCCGUAUCAGUUAUGGACCUGAGAUGCCUCAAUUGGUCAAGGGGAUGGAUGGCAUUGAGAAUAUCUUAAGAAGGUUCAACUGUCUUCCAUAUGAGUAG